GCCAGACCCUGGUACUGUUUCAGUAUUAUUUUCUCGCCGAAUGCAGAACUUGUUUGCUUUGUGGCAAGAAAGGGUUAUUUUCUCUUUCUCUCAGAGGAAAGAGCGUAGCCAGACCUCCUUGAUUUCUUUUCCUGAGCGGCUUCAGCUCAGUGUGGCCUCGGCCCAUGGCGCGCCUCAACUGCUCAGCUGCCGGCGCUGUGGUGGAGACCGCUGUGGGCACAAUGCUGACACUGGAGUGUGCUCUGGGCCUUACAGGUAAUGCUGUCGCCCUCUGGACCUUCUUUUACCGUCUCAAAGUGUGGAAGCCUUACGCGGUCUACCUCUUCAACCUGGUGGUGGCUGACCUGCUACUGAUCACCUGUCUGCCGUUCCUCGCUGUCUUCUACCUGAAGGGCAAGACCUGGGGACUCGGCCACGUGCCCUGCCAAAUCCUGCUCUUCCUGCUGGCCUUCAGCCGUGGGGUGGGGGUCGCCUUCCUGACGACAGUGGCUCUAGACCGAUAUCUGCGUGUGGUCCAUCCUCGGCUCCGAGUCAACUUGCUAUCUCCAAGGGCAGCCUGGGGCAUCUCUAGCCUAGUAUGGCUUCUCAUGGUUGCCCUCACUCCCCAAAACAUGCUCAUCCACAAGGCUAUCCAGAAUUCCACCGAGUGCCCCAGCUUCUAUCCCAUAGGAGAAACUGAGGCCGGCGCCAUCUGGCAGGAGGUGCUCUUCUUCCUACAGCUCCUGCUUCCCUUCGGCCUCAUCUUCUUCUGUAACACUGGGCUCAUCAGGACCCUCCAGGAGAGACUCCGGGAGUCUGACAAACAGCCCAGGCUCCGGAGGGCCAGGGCGCUGGUUGCCAUGGUGCUGUUGCUGUUUGGACUGUGCUUCCUGCCUAGUGUCCUGGCCCGGGUCCUGGUGCAUGUCUUUCGGGAGUUUGAGAGCUGCAGCAUCCAGCAAGCCAUAGUGCAGGCCUCCGAUGUUGCUGGCAGCCUCACCUGCCUGCACAGUGCAUUGAGCCCAGCCGUUUACUGCUUCUCCAACCAGGCCUUCACCCACUCGUACCGGAAGGUGCUCAGAAGCCUUCGAGGCUGGAGGAAGGCAGCAGAGCCGGCUAGCUCCAACCUCAGGGACUCCUAUUCCUGAUGACUCCUGAAAUCCUCAGCUCCCCUUUGUUCUGGAACCACCUUGAAUCUGAACAAUAACCCGAUGACCUCGGGGUCAGAAGACAGAAAGUGCACUACAAGGAUCCAGACACAGUCAACGCCGUGACACACUUGGUUCACCUGGAUUUCCCCUGCUUCUGUCACACUGCCGAGUGGCAGAUCACCCAGGCAGAUCCUGCCUCCUUUGCACAGUGACCGUCCUGAUGGAGUUGCCAAGCUGAGAGGUUGAGCUGUUCUGCACAUCCACACGGGAAGGUUCUAACGGGCUCGAUCAGCGAGGAGACUGCUGUGUUACUCCAGCACCGUCUGGUCUCUUGGGUCAUGCUCCCUUUCCACACUCCCAUUCUCCAGUGUGAAAAGCUGCUUUCUUCUCACCAAGCGUGGAGCUCAGAAGACUGGAAGCCAGCCACCCCUGCUGUUCUGAAGAGGUUGCAGGUCUCGUUCUGUUUUUAUAAAAUUCCCCUUUGUUUUUAUAGGUUGUACCAAGUGUCAGAGACAGUUCGGCAAGCUAGCUCCUUCACUGCAGGAGACACCUGGUAAUUGCCUCAACACUGACCUGGAAGUGCUAGCUUAACUUGAAAUGUCUGCAUUUAUCUUAGUCCUGGGGAGAGGCACUUGCUUUCUAAAUGGUGCUUGAACCUCCCCCCCCCCGGGGGGGGGACCUACGGGCUGGCAGACCAUUGGCAUGGGGCUGGUGUCACCUCAGUCCUAAAACACACAGGCCAGGGACAGCCGGUGAGCAGGAGGAUUCAUCUCUGUUUCCAUGCUCAUAUCUAGAAAGGCAGCUAAGAAAAAGGAGUACCCACAAUGUUUGUGGGGGCACCUACCGCCUACCUGGGAUGUUCUUGCAAUGGCCAUGGCUCCUCACACAGGCAUCCCACGGUGUACCCUCCUUGAUGCCAGAGCUGGUGGCAUUGGCAACACCAUGUCCACUCACAUGUUUCCUUCCCUGCUUGGCAGAGUCCUUGUCAGGACCCACCUGAGACAUUGUGCGGAAGGAUAGAAAAGCCCUAUAGACCAGGGUGGCCUACCAGACUCAGUGUUCCUGGGGAAUGAGGGCCGUGCAGCAGUACUUCUGUUUUCCAGGAUUUGUUUCCUCCUGAGAAAGCAGACUGUCGCAGGCCUGAGACAGAACCGUGGCCUGGCCAGGACGAGCCUGAAGUCUGCUGGAUGGGUGCAUUUGGUGCUGUGCCCACGUUCUUCCCUCUUAGCGGAGGAGAAGCACCUCCGUUCUCUCCCCAGCACCCUGGUGCACCAGCAGUUUAAAGGGUGCUUUGAAAACCCUCCAUUCAACACAAGCGUUUUCUUUGAAAUGUCGUUAUCGCUGCCACAAGAGGAGUCCCAGCCCUCUCCUGCUCUUGGACUUUUGAGUCUGUGCCUGCACUUAGGACAGGCACACCGAAUGUGACGGCGUCCUCUGGACAGUUACUACUGUUAUCUACGGUGGCAGGGGCUGUAAAACAGACCAUCCCCACUCCUUGUGAAAGCUUUGCUAGUCAGCUGUGGGGAGGUCUGUCUGUCAGCUGUGGGGAGGUCUGUCUGUCUGCUGUGGGGAGGUCUGUCU